GCACUUCUUGUCCGCAUGAGCUAGCUUCCACCCUUGUCCGACACGACGGAGGACCGGAUGCGUGCCCCUACUACCCACUCCCCACCAUCCCGCUCUUGCCCAACCGAGUCGGUCGGUCCGUUGCGAGUCGGUGGCACGGUGCUAACAAAAGUGAGAGUCGCAUCAUCGACAUCGCGUAGUUUAUCGGUAACUACGGGAACGCUUGGUAGCGCAGCCGCAGUCGCAGAAGCCGCUACUCGAUCAUCCACGGUGGUGUACAGGCCUGGUUCCAACCGCGGGAACCAUCGUCAGCUUUCCAGUUCUUCACGCCAGUCACUCAGCUCUCCAGACAACUACAAAGACCACAGCUUACGAUGGCAGCAACGAGAAGCAGUGUGCUGGCAGCGAUGCUGCUGCUAAUCCCCGCAGCAAUCGUAGAUGCCCAGUUCAAGUGUCCCAAGAACCGGGGACAGUUCGAGGAUCCGGUGCAGUGCGACAAGUACUACGUGUGCGACGAGGGUGAAGCGACCGAGAAGCUCUGCCCGGACGGGCUCGUCUUCGAUCCGACGAUCAAGCUGGUCAACAAGUGCGACCAACCCUUCAACGUCGACUGUGGCGAUCGGUUCGAGCUGCAACCAGCGCAAGGUACUACCGACUACUGUCCGCGCAAGAACGGGUUCUUCAGCCAUCCAGACCCGUCGAUCUGCAACGUGUUCUACAGCUGCAUCAACGGCGAGGAGCUGGAGAUGAGCUGUACCGGUGGGCUGCACUUUGACGAAAAGUCCGGCACCUGCGUGUGGCCCGAUGUGGCCGCCCGCGAGGGCUGCGGCAGCAACGCCAACAAGAAACUCAACGACGGCUUCCAGUGUCCGAAGGAGACGCGCUACGACAAAAAUGGACAGGUCAUCACGCACCCGAACUAUCCGCAUCCGAGCGACUGCUCCCAGUUCUACUACUGCCUGAACGGUAUCGAGCCGCGCCUCGGCAAAUGCGACGCCAAGAUGGUGUACAACGAGGAUCUGCAGCGCUGCGACGAUCCGGAGAACGUGCCGGAAUGCAAAGACUGGUACAAGGAGGAGGACGCUAACAAGAACUGAAUGACCUGUGUGCAUUCGGCGUGUGCGCCGUGAGUUGCUGCUGCCGCUGCUGACGACGACGUCCGCUGCCUGCUGCCUAGAUCAGCGCACCAGCAUUGCUUUGUGAUAAAUGUCUCCCCUCUCCACAAAAAACGCGUUUUUUACUACUGUUCGUUUACCGUUAGCUAAGGUGUCCGCCAUCCACACUAAGCCACCGCAAAAGCCACCACCGGUCGGUCGGUCGAAAACUUUUUGGACGGAUACGGCCAUGCGCAAAAGGAACCACUCAAACAGUCACGUCCCGUCCGUGUGCCUGCCAUCAAUCAAUCAAUCACGAAUCACACGAUCAAUCCACCACACCCCUGUACCUUCUGACAUCAAUCGAGCAGUUGAGGAUGUGCUCAUCUACCCAAAAGUCUAUUGACCUGCAACUGUGACGGUCGAUAUCUUUCCUCAUUUCAUGCUCUCUUUCUCUCUCUCUAUCUAUCUCUUUGGGUAUCUUUUGUUCAGUUUUACACUUUUCAACUGCACUGUGCAUACUUUCUCAUGUUUCACGCCUUCUUCUUCUGGCUAGCUUCCUCUUCUUUCUCGAAAUCGAUUUACUUUCCAACCUAUGUUUCGUCAUAUCUCGUCAUUAUGCCCCUUUUUCUGAACUCUUGCCACUAUUAUUUCAUGCCAAACCAACUUACCAAUCCUUACCGCUACAUCUCGUGCACUGUCCUUCUCCCACUGUCUUUCUACAUCUGCAUCCAAUCAAAUCCAUCUAUUUUCAUAACGAUUUCGUUUUCCGCUCCGGCAUACCUCGCACGCAUCAUCUGGACGCAUCUUUGGCGGGUGUGACACAAUAGCCAGUUUCCUACUUGCUUAGUGGAUUGCGCAAGCCUUCCUGCCCAGUUGCUCGACCGGCGGCAUAAAAAUAGUAGCAGAAUCAAUCUAGUAGUGGGAUGAGAAGAAGUCGAAACAACGAAGAAACCCCCAUAACCAGACGGCGCAGUAGGACGAAACGCUCCUGCAUAGACCAGCCAAGAAAGCAGUCGACCUUCGGGUCGGCGAGGGAGAGUAGCCUUAGCGUAUGAAUAAACCAUAAAGCCUGAUUGUAUAAGGAAUAAGGAAAAAUAAAAUGGAGAGAAGAAGCACAAAAAA